GGGGAGGGCGUUGCGUCCGGUGCAGCAGUGACAGAGGGAAAGAGAGCACAAGCGAGUUGUCAGUGGUAUUAGCGGUGGAUUCAAUUGGGUGAACGUCGACAGUCCUAUUUUAGAUAAUUCAGCAGUCAGGGAUAUUUGUACUUUGAUCUGGAAGCAGCCACAGCUAGGGGACAGGACGUUCAAGGCACCCAUGUCUCACAAGCAGUAAACACGUAUACAUAUAUGUUCAGGCGAGUUGUGCGAGCGAGCAAAUUCCGUCAUGUCUUUGGCCAGGCAUUGAAGAAUGACCAGUGCUACGAUGACAUCAGAGUGUCACGGGUCACAUGGGACAGCUCGUUCUGCGCCGUCAACCCCAAGUUUGUCGCCAUCAUCAUAGAGGCCAGCGGGGGCGGGGCCUUCCUGGUCCUCCCUCUUAACAAGUCGGGCCGCAUUGACAAGGCCUACCCCACAGUGUGUGGUCACACAGGCCCUGUGCUGGACAUCGACUGGUGCCCCCACAAUGACCAGGUCAUCGCCAGCGGCUCGGAGGAUUGCACAGUUAUGGUGUGGCAGAUCCCUGAGAACGGACUGGUUACUGGCCUGUCUGAGCCUGUGGUGGUCCUGGAGGGACACUCCAAAAGGGUUGGCAUCAUCACAUGGCACCCCACAGCACGCAACGUCCUGCUCAGUGCCGGCUGUGACAACCUGAUCAUCAUCUGGAACGUGGGGACAGGCGAAGCCAUGAUUCAGCUGGAGGACAUGCACCCUGAUGUCAUCUUCAGCGCCUGCUGGAACCGCAACGGCAGCCUCAUCUGCACUGCCUGCAAGGACAAGACCAUCCGUGUCAUCGACCCCCGCAAGGAGGAGAUCGUAGGGGAGAAGGAGAAGGCCCAUGAGGGGGCACGGCCCAUGAGGGCUAUCUUCCUGUCGGACGGAAAUGUGUUCACCACGGGCUUCAGCCGUAUGAGUGAGAGACAGCUAGCCCUGUGGAACCCGCAAGCCAUGGACGAGGCCAUCUCAGUGCAUGAGAUGGACACCAGCAAUGGGGUUCUCUUGCCCUUCUAUGACCCAGACACCAAUGUGGUUUACCUGUGUGGUAAGGGUGACAGCAGCAUCCGCUACUUUGAGAUCACGGACGAGGCCCCAUUUGUCCACUACCUCAACACCUUCACCACCAAGGAGCCCCAGAGGGGGAUGGGAUACAUGCCCAAGAGAGGUCUGGAUGUCAACAAGUGUGAGAUCGCCAGGUUUUAUAAACUGCACGAAAGGAAGUGUGAACCUAUUAUCAUGACUGUGCCCAGAAAGUCUGACCUGUUCCAGGAUGACCUGUACCCAGACACGGCAGGACCAGACUGUGCCAUCGAGGCAGAGGAUUGGUUCGAGGGGAAGAAUGGCGAGCCCAUCCUCAUAUCCCUGAAGAACGGCUACGUCCCUGGCAAGAACCGCGACCUCAAAGUGGUCAAGAAAAACAUCCUGGACAACAAGCUGAGCAAGAACACAGAGAAAAGGGGCCCAGCCAACAAGUCUGCCUCACCCACUCCAUCCAGAAAAAACGAAGCCAAGCUGGAUGAGGUCUUGAAAGAAAUCAAAUCCCUCAAGGACCUGGUCAGCAGUCAGGAGAAGCGAAUCAUCCAACUCGAGGAGCAGAUGUCCAAGAUCGCCAUUUAAGGACCCUCCCCCCCAAAUUCAGGACGAUCCAUUGGCUAGGAGGUGGGCGGGACCCGUCACUGCCAAUCUCAAUGACAGCGUUCUGCCUGAAACCUGCCUAGCAAUGAUCCCAAGCAACAUUCCGAUAUGAACUUUUCUUAGCCAGCCCCUAACCCUCAGUUAACAUGAUGGAAUAAGAGAGAAAUAUGGCAAACUAUUCCAUUCCUUUUAAUAAGUGGCGGUUUAAUCUUGUAUGUUGUAUGAAAAAGUCUAGCAUAUUCCUUUUGCUUUUAAGAUUGUGACCAAGAAAAUUCCAAUGUGAACCAUUUCUAUUUGGGUAAACCCAAAUGUUUUAUAUGUAGGUAUCAGUAUAUUGUCUACCCCAACUACUUAUGUUGCCAAAUUUUAAAGGAGUUAUGUUUACACCUCCUUGACAGUAUUUUUCUUUAAAAAAAUGUUUUUCUUUGUUUUCCAGGAAGACUCAAAAUACAAACUAUAAGGGACAAUGCAAUAGGCUGGAAAUGCGAGGAGGGGGAUGGCAGAUUUCAAUAAUCAAACAAUUACUGUAAAAGACAAUGGAGGAGAACCAACUCAUUAUGGGGAAAUAUCAAACACUCAAGCCUGAUUUAUCAUAGUACUUCUGUUGUCUUUGCUGAAAAGCUCUGAGGUGGUGGUGUGAUUCUUGCUGUAAGUGUUCUCGCUCUCCCGCCUGACUUUUCUGAACCUCUAAAUUCUUCCCUCUCCUCCCAUCUUAACAGGACCAUUGUCUGUACACUUGUUAACAUCUCCUGAUUCUGACCAGAGUUAAUACAUUCAUAUAUAUUCUACUCAAGAGAUUUUAAUUUCCACUGUUUAUUCUCCAUCUUUGAUCUCUCUUACUCUAGCUUGUUUUACUAAGCAAGCCGCAAACAUGCAGUCCUUACAUAUCAUUUGAUACCUGGUAUAACUUAUGUUUGCAACUUGAACAAUGUUUUGAUCAUCUCCAUCAAUUUUGUGGAACAGAAAGGGUAUGAGUGGACUCCCCUUAGCUUUGUAGAUGAAAACAACAGGUGAGAUGUCACCCUGCACCUUGUACUUCUCGUAGCCUUAGAUGUUCACUUGAACUGUUUUUCUUUUUUGGAGUUGUUUACAAUGCACAUGCCCAAUCAAAAAAUCAUUUUCAAUCAUUUAGUUGACCUCUGCCAUCAGCAUUGUUAGCGUUCCUGUCAUUUAGGUGACCUUGGCUACCAUCAGCAUUGUUGGCGUUCCAGUCUUAUGAAACAAAUGUGCCAUAGUUUGCUACUAUGUUCCUUGUUUGUUUGUCAUUGUCCCCCUCUGGCCCUGUGACACAGAUGGUAUGUGUGUACUGUAAUAAGCUCUGCACUGUAAGUUACAGUUCUGCUGACUCAUGACAUGGAGCCACCUGGGUGGCUUGUACGGGUUCUUGUGGCAUUGUCCUGUGUGCUGCCCAGAGAAGGACCAAUGGAAUUGUGUUCUAUGUAGCUGGUAAACAUUUCCACACUUUUAGCAGUGUAUCAGCCUUGUUCCGCCUUUGAUUUGAGGUGUUUGUGCUGUCAUAAACCCCAAUGUUGAACCGUGCCCUUGUGUUCAGGGUGUGUGUGUGUCAGGAUGCUCACUAUUCACCACUUCAUUGGCCCAUAUCCAUACAGCCAACCAGAGGGUGAGUAACAGGGGUGUGUCUGAAACCAUUUUGACUGUUGGUUGACAAGAAGUAACAUGGAGAAGGAAGGCUUUCAGGAUGUGUGAAUUUGUCUCGUAUGUCUUUGUCCUGGUUGGAGUUUUUUUUCUCCAGAUAAUGCGAGGGGAUUUUUAGAUGAUUAUAUGGAUUCACCAUAGGGUGUGACCAAGGUUUUGGCCUAUGAUAACAGAAUUGGGUGGUAUGGUGAUGUUAAUAUACUGUGCGUUUUAUCCUGUGCUUCCUUCUCCGGCUCUCCCGUUGCAGAUAUCCCACUAUGUACUUCCUUAUCAGGAUUUGAAAUAGUUUCCCCUUAAAUACAUGGUCACAUCACUAGAGAAUCAGAGGAACAAGGAGUCGUUUGGAUUGUCCGAAUAUUUGAUGGUGUUGCCAACUGCAAUAAUAGUUCUGUUGUCAUGCUAUUUUUGUUAUGCCUUUUUUUUUCAGCGGGAGGGUAGGUUAGGUUUACGGUUGAGUUUGUUAGCCUUUAAAGUUUGUUGCCACUGAAGAUCAGAAAUGCCAGAGUUGUGCACAGGAAGUGCUUAAUGAUGACUACGGUUUGAGAAUGGUGAGUUAUUUAGCAGGAGAGAGUGGAUAGGCACCCUGAGAGGAACUUUGACAGUGGGUUUUGGCAUAGAAAGCACUGAGAAAUGUAUGCUUAUAUCAAUCACUCCAUCCUGGCCUCACAGAAUCUAAGAUUACAUCCGAGGAUGCAAUUUUACUCUAAAUAUGCAUCGUCUGGUAUUCUGUAAUAUUUUAUUGGGGUUGAGAAUUACUUCAAUGUGUUCUACUGUGCUGUAGAGAUAUGAAUCUGUCAGGGGAGGAUGUCUUGGACUUUGUCCUGUACUGCCCUGUAAGUCCUUCUCCUCAGCCUCCUUGGUCUACUCAAGGCAGCGAGACCUGUGAUGUUUGGAAUAUUGGUGAAUAGCUAUUCAAAGGGACACUGUAGGUUGGAGAAAUAUGCUGUAGAGAGAUGUAUGUGAUGUUUGAAAUAAAGGCCUAGAAAAUGAUUUAAAGCUUUGUAAAUAUUUGUUUUCAUUGUUUUGGGCUGCAGUGUGUUUGGGAGUUGGGUUCUGGUGGGUUUUGAACGUUACCUCUUGUCUGCAUUCCUUGUCCUAAUGCGUCAUGACUGAACAGAAUCUCCAUUCUAUCACAGGUAUUAUAAAUACAAAAAGAGAAAUUAAUAACAGAAGAAAAACAAACAAGGAUUCAGCCUCUUGUGGAGGUCUGUCGAGCAUUUUUGUUCAUUUUUUUUCUGCUUCAAGUAUCAGACUUAUCGAUUAUCAGAAAAAUGAAUAAAGAAA